AGCAGGCCGAGCUGGCUGUGUGUGUGCGGGAUGUAAAUAGAGUUCAUGAGGCUGUAAUUUAUUAAAAUAGAAAGGUGUUCCACACGGAAAAGAGCUGAGCAUCGUUUACGGUAGAGGAGCAUGAUGGAGGAGGAGUGUGUGGAUGGAGGAGGAGACGCUGUCCUGCAGCUCCACCUGCCCUGUAAUCCUCUGUUUUCCUGCACGGUGUCGGUCGGGACCGAUCUGUCCAUGGCCGACAUCUCGGACCUUCACGCUGAAGUGUGUGAGCUCAGGAAAACGGUCCGCCACCUCGAGGAGAGGCUCAGUCAAGCGCUGAAUCUUUCCAACCAGCAGGUGAUGAGAUCGACACCAGUAUUGUGCUCUAAGUGUAAAUCUGAUCUGAACCCCUCAGAGGUGCGAGUCUCUGAGCACACACUGCAGGGUGUGGAGGGUGUACAGAGUGUGUGUGGCGGUGAUGCAGCUGAAUGGCCUGAUGUUAGUCCACAGGAGAGGGAAAAGUGUGAGGAGAAUAAACCCAGCACCUCUGUCCAUUUAUACAGUGAUCCAAACCCCACAGAGUCCCACUCCUCACCAAACACUUCACGAAAAACAUUUAACAGUGAAGAACAGCACACGAUACACACUCCACUGAGGUGUUCAGUGACACUGAUGGACUGCAGGCCCAUGGUGGAGAUGAAUGGAGACACCACACAAGAAGAAGACCUGCAUGAUGGGAGUGUUCAUGCUGAGGAGCCUGAAGAACUUGAUGGUGCCAGUGAUGACUUUUGUCCUUCAACUCCUUUAGGUGGCUGCAGCGAGUCUUGUGAUGAAGAAAGCAAAUCUUCAGUGAAACGAAAUCAGAAAAAGAAGAGUGGAACAAAAGCGGUCUUUCCGUGCUCCAUCUGUGGACAGGAACUGACGUCUGCGGUGUUUUUGACGAGACACAUGAAAAUGCACGAGAAUCGCACGAAACGGCAGAUGUUGCGGCCUCAUGUCUGUACUGUGUGUGGAAAAGGUUACUCCACACGCUCAGUCCUCAAAGUCCACAUGAAAUCACACAGCGGGGACAAACCUUUCCGCUGUGAAUUGUGUGGCAACCGUUUCAAGACCAAGGGAAACCUCAAAUGCCAUCAGAGCAUUCACACCGGGCAGCGACCAUUUCAGUGUGCUUACUGCGAAAUGUGUUUCUAUCAUAAAACACACCUUAAAAAACACGAACGCAUGCACACCAACGAGAAGCCUUACGUGUGCUCCGUCUGUGAGAAAAGCUUCAUCACCAUCAGCGCUCUGAAACAGCACCAGAGAGUUCACACAGGUGAAAAGCCAUACUCCUGCUCCUACUGCGACAUGACGUUCAGCCAGAAAGUGAACCGCGACCGCCACGAGCGAACACACACGGGGGAGAAGCCGUUCCUGUGUGACCACUGUGGGAAGGGGUUUUCGGACCCCAGGCAUUUUUACACCCAUAAACGUAUCCAUGUAGGUGAGAAUCGCGAGAGGCCAUUCCAGUGCUCGUUCUGCGGCAACAGCUUCUUCUAUCGCAUCAACCUGAAGCAGCACGAACGCAUUCACACUAAAGAGCGACCGUAUCGCUGCACUCAGUGUCCAAAAACGUUCGCUCGGCCUGACGUGCUCAAAACACACCUGCGUGUUCACACGGGAGAGAAACCGUACCACUGCAGCAUCUGCAAUCAGGGCUUCACUUAUCUGGGCAGCUUCAGGGCGCAUCAGAAGAAUCACACCCAGGAGAAUGUGAAGCAGGACCCAUAGCACACACUUGGACUUCUUUAUUAGCUUUAUUAUGGAUGUGUCUAAUGCUACUGUGACAAUAAUAGCAGAUUCUCCACUUAAGAUUUUAUUUAUAUGGGGGUUAGGCUUGUCCUGACAAAUAUACAUAUAAUCACUGUAGCUUCCAGAAAUAUACAAAACGUCAGAAGAGUCAUGGAGCAAUCUUCAGACCAGGCAUGUAUUAAUCAGAGCUGCAGUUUUAUUUCUUCUCCAUGUACCCACGUACACAUGCUAAAAAGAGAAUAAUGAGAUCGGAUAUGUGUUUUCUAAUUUUGGUGAAAAAGCAUGUUUAAGGUCUGUGAUGUAACCGAUUUCUCAGAAAUACUGAAUUGUGAUUUCUUUGAUUGUGCAACAGAGUUUGAAAAGCACAUUUUCAAUAAAAGAAAGGGAGAAUAAUAAAAUGGAGUUAAGGAAGUAGAAGAGAAUCUUGGUUUAAAUUGUGGAUAUAAUAUUUUGUAAACAAAUUUCACAUGGCCUAGUCAUUGUAAAAGCUCCACGCUCUCAGCAACUUUAAUUUAUUUGUAAUCUUCAAAUACCUACUGUAUAGCAGAGUUUGUCGCAGUUAACCAUCGUUGUUUGUUACUCUAAUCAUUAAACACAAUGUACAUAUUCUCUACAUCUUAGUGUGUACUGGUCAUGUCCUCAAAAACCUGUGGCAUGUCUGCUGCGUUUUUUUUUUUUUUCUGGAUCCUUUAACAGCUUUUGAUGAUGAAUAGCGAGUAAACCGACUGUCCCCAGUUUCAGCACAGACUUGCCUCUAUAUCUUUCCCAAUCCAUUUUACAGACUCUCUCUCUCUUUUCAAAAUGUUUUUAAAAUAGAUAAUAAGUAAAUUUACGUUGAAUUUUUGUUUCAUUCAUGUAUCUUGUUGAAAAAUUUGGAUAACUUAAUUCCCCAACAAAAAACAGAAAUAAACUUUAGUCUUUAAAAAUCCAGGAACUGAUGAGUGAAGAUUCAACUGUCUUGCUACUUGGUGAAAAGAGUGAGUUCUUAUAAAAUGAGAAUUUUUGUACUACUAGCGUCUUUACAUCUCAAGACAUGCAGACCAUGUUUAAAGGGUUCACGCACUAUUUCCUUUUGUAAUUCUGCAAGUUUUGAUGUUAAAGAUGCUAUGCCUAAUCCAGUGUCAGUAGUAGGCUCCGGUCCCUCCCUUGGUGUUGGUUGUAGGUCUCGUUCCCUGCCCUACUGGCGGAUGUAGGCCCCAGUCCCUCCCUUGGUGUUGGGUCAUUGGCCUCGGUCCCUCCACCGGUGUCGGGUCAUAGUCCACCAUUGUAGGCCCCGGUUCCUCCCCUGGUGUUGGGUUGUAGGCCGCGGUCAUAGGCCUCGGUCCCUUCCCUGGUGGCGGGUCUCAGGCCGCGGUCCCUCCCCUGGUGGUGGGUCCCAGGCCGUGGUUGUUGGCCCUGGUCCUGCCACCGGUGUCGGGUCAUAGUCUGCCAUCGUAGGCCCCAGUCCCUCCCCUGGUGGCGGUCAUAGGCCGUGGUCCUUCUCAUUGUGUUGGGUCAUAGGCCCCGGUCCCUCCCCUGGUGGCAGUCUUAGGCCCUGGUCCCUCUCCUGGUGGCGGUCGUCCCAAAUCUUUCAUUCAGCCUCCAGAAUGUUUCUUGUUUCUCAUGUUUCUUAACAGUUUUCUUCAUGGUCCUGUCCGUUACUCUCCUUGUUUUUCUUGGUCAUUUUCAAAGUAUUGAAAAUCUUUGCUUCAGGCUUGCUCAUUAGGGAUCUUUUAAUGAUCUUAUUAGUUCAUAUGUUUUAAAAUAUUUUUUUCUGUAAAGCUGCUUUGCAACAGUGUCUAUUGUUAAGACUAGACAAAUAAAAUUGAAGUGGAAAGCAUUGAAUGUUUUCACAGCUAUGUGUGGAGUGGGGUGUGGGGUUUUUUUUUUUUUUUUUUUAAAUUAUGUAGUUUUGUCUAUCUAGUCCAUUCUUGUAUUUUGGGUUUUGACCUUGGCUUGAUGUACAGUAUGGAUUUGCACAGGUUAACUCUGCAUUCUGAUGUUUUGAAGCCAGCUGUGCUGUGAACCAGCUCCGGUUUCAAAGUCUGAUCCUAUACUGACUCAGAAACCCUGACUUGGCUUCCAAGUUCCAGCAUUAGAGCUGCAACAAUGGUAACUAUAUACAACGUAGAAACACAAUGUAUACUGAAGGCGAUCUGUUUGUUGGCCAAAUUCUUGAUUGUGCAUGUGUUACCAUUAUCUGUGAAAGUGCUGGCUUCACUGGCUGUUGUGACUCAACAUCUGUCUGUCUGUUUCAGUAUUCUAGGUAAUGAAAAGAUGAACUUAACUGUUUUAAACUCAAGACCAGUCAGGACCUUUUCUCCCUGGAUUUAUUUGGUGUUUGCAAUUUCACCUGCUGUUCAGUUACAUACAGUGGUGCUUGAAAGUUUGUGAA